UUCAUAAUGAAACACGUUUUCUCAUCGGAAUUGUAAGCUUAAAUCGAGUGCAAUUCAGUAACAGAUGACAAUUAGUUGUCAGGUUUGAAUUAACAAAAUGUUUCGAGCAUUCUCAUGGAUUUAUCGCAAGCCUUUUUUGCUAGAACCGCUAUUCAACGAGUCGUGCUCCUUACGACUUGUCCCGUGCACGCGCCUUGCGUACCCCCACUCCUCGCCCGUUCCCCCUCCACUCUACGCUUCCCCCACCACAAGCUAGUGCCCCUAGAUUCUGGCAAUGCUUCUCGCAACCGAGACAACGGGACAGUUUUCAUACGGCGCACCCUCUCGCCGAUCCAGUCGAAUAUCAAAUGGUACGGGAUAACGAGCCUGUGCUUUUACGCGGUUCGUGUUACCCGUGUCUUGCCUCGCAAUUAGCUUAUCUGUCGUGCGCGCGUGUUAACACAAGCGUGUUAAUUAGAAAAGGUGCAUUCACGGUGAAAAGUGUCGACAGGUAGAGUGGAUCAUAAUUUUCAUUCGAUCAAUCAGUUUCUUAGGAACGAUCUUUGAUUUGUUUUCUCGCUUCAGCUGAAUAAAAAGUUGCCUCGAACCGUGCAGGUCCGCACAAUCAAUUCACGAAGCCAUAAGUCGGAAUUGAACCGGGGAGGUGUUCGACUAAAGUAAAUACCGGUAGUCAAUUUUAAUUGAUCCCGCACCCGUGGGACUUAUGCGGUAUUCCCGUGUUGUUCGAACGAAUUCAACUGUGAAAUUUAUUAACGCACGAACGAGGAAAACAGGGAGGAAACUGUUUUUGUUACGCACGAAAUGUUAAAGUACGUUAAUCAGGGCGAUCAGUAUGUUUGCUAAUUGCGCCAGGUUUUAAAUCGAUCGGAUAAUGAGAUAAUUUAUGGUACAAAAGGAAAUAUUACAAUUGGUGUUUUUAAUACCUUUAAUUACAAAAAUUGUGAUCUUCCUAAAUUGUCGAAACAGACUUUUGAAAAUGAUCAUUUUCCGAUGUGUUAUCUUCAGAAAAAAGGGUUACAUAAAAAUAUUUCAUGUAAAUCAUAAUAUGAGAGAAAUUCGACUUUAGAAGUCAUUGCAUUUUUUGUUGUAGUUUGUUGCUAUUGUUAUUCAGAGGGAACAGCCCUUUGACAGACAGUAUUUAUCGCGACCCACCCAGGAUCAACUCGCGACCCUUUGAGAAUUUCUGUUUUCAAAUUUUUUAUAUUUUAUAUAUUUGUAAUGUCCAUAUUUUAUCACCAUUUUUAUAUUUAAUAUUUCUGUAAUGUUUUCUAAAUUUUCUUAAUUUAUUAUAUUUUAGUAUAUAAGCAUCAAUGAGUCAGAACUUUGAACUUGGUCUGCACAAUUAUGAUUACGGUUCACACAAAAAAUUGUACAUCACAUUUAACGCAAAAUAGUUUCUUUACGAACGCGUUAAAUAAAAUUUAUAAAAAUAUAGAAGUGGACAUUUAAAUCUAAACAAGCCAUCUGGGUCAUCGCGAUGAGAAAAGUCGCUCGAUUUCGUAUCUCCGAAUUUAUUUCGUCAACAUCUCGUCGAUCGUAACGUGAAUUAUUAUCUCGUUGAAGAUGCAUUUUGCCAACAUUAAUACACGCAAGACCAGUUUCGAUUUUCUAUUUGGCAUCUGUCCAACUAAUGCUUCGUGUAGAAAAUCAAAGACGUGAAAACUUUUUUAAUUUAUCGCCGUGGGCGAAGUAACGAUUGUACCCUUUAGCCGCAUUUCAUUCUUUCUAUAGAGGCCUACCCUUUCUAUACGUGCAUUUAAAUCGUCCGGAGAAAAAUCAGGCAGAAAAUAUAGGUUUGUUCCUCUUCGAGUGAAACGAAACAAAAGCUUUCCCUCAAAUUGCUCGGCUUUCAUUCAGAGUGAUAACUUGAUCGUUGCGCUGAUGAGUUUGCCUGUAUCCCGCUAUUCUGUUUCACUUGUUCUGUCGACGAAAUAUCAAGAUCGUAAUAUCAACACGGAUGAUCGUGUCGAUCGAAAAAAAACCUAUUAAUAAUUCACCUGUUUAGUUCGCUUAAGGUGACCGUAUCGACAGGCAAACACGAAACUUAGUACAUUAACAAAUAUGAUAAAUAAAUUAAAAUACAAUCAACUUUAUUGAUUCGGGGAAGUUUUUUUUUACUAAUGGAAGCUCACCCUUGAUAGACUUGAAGACUUUUUAAAUAAUAUCGCGGCAAACUUUUAAAAAUUUCGAAUUAAAUAAAUUGUAUGGAAGGGAAGUUUCAUGUAGUCAGUGUGAAAUAUUCUGUAGAGAGGGUUGGCUGGUAAUAAUUUUUAAUUAUUUAUUGCUUCAUGAAUUUACAAGAUCUUCCUUUCUAUUUUUAUAUACUAAUGUGUAAGUAAUAUUAAUAAAAGGAUUUAUCGAGGGAUGAAAAUAUAAAAGAAGUCGUAAACAGCCCUUGUUAAUUCGUAUAAUUUAAAUGAAUAAAGCAGAGAUAAUUACAUAGAAAGCGAUACAAAGAUUCGAGGGAAAAGAUCUUUCAUUUUAUAAUAACAGAGUCACUAACGAUACGAUCUGCAGUCGAGUAUUAAGAUACUAAAGCGAUACAACCUUAAUUAUGUACCUGGGUAUUAAUUUUUGAUAAGUGCUUUCAAAGAAUUUGUCGAUAAAACGAAAAAACUUCCACGAAAUCGCGAUUGUUCGGAAUCGUGUCGUUCAAACGCAUCGUGGUGGAAUAAACGUGCAAAAGUGAAAAGCUAAUGCUCGCAUAGAUAGGUCCCGGUGGAAAAAAAAGUUUAUAGAAACGCACAUGCUAUGUUAGACUCGAAAAGACUUUCGUGACAAUCUGUUCAAUCUUCGUCGACAAACGAGAUUUAUGGCACAAACAGUCCCAUAUUUUUUUAUCUUUGCCUGCAUAAUUGAUAAACGAAUGCGGGCGGAGGAUAAAAAUGUGGAACGAGGGUUCUCUCCUGUGACAGUGUUUCGUUGCUUGAGACACGUUUCGUUGGUGAUUUUCUAAUCAUUGGUUAAAAAUUUGAGUAUCGAGGAUGCUGGCACGAAGAUAUACGGAAAGCACGCACGAAGGUUAAUCAAGUGAAUCGGAACUCGUAAUAGAAUCCAUCUUCAACGAUGAUGCUGAAGGAGGAACGCGACGGCCACAAAAGAAACUGUUGUCCAACAAUAAGAUCAUCGGGGAGCGAACUCGCGAGACGAAAGAUAAGAAAAAAUCGUCGAAUCGUCUCGAGUGCAAGCGAUUGAACUGAUAGUUUCUUUCCACGUUUUAUCACGUAUCUACGAUUAUUCGACGUAGCCUGAAGGGUCCUAGGCUCCGGUAAACUGCCAUCAUGGGGAAUGGUAUGAACAAGGUUCUUCCAGGCCUGUAUGUUGGCAAUUAUCACGACAGUAAAGACGCCGAUCAGUUAGAACGAUUCGAGAUCACACAUAUUUUGGCAAUCCACGACACUGCUCGUCAAUUGCAUUCCGAUAAGCAUUAUUUAUGUAUAUUGGCGGCAGACAGUCCGGAUCAGAAUUUAUCCCAGUACUUUUCCUUGUGCAAUGACUUUAUUCACGCUGCACGUUUGAGAGGAGGAAAUGUUUUAAUACAUUGCUUAGCCGGUAUGUCAAGAAGCGUGACAGUAGCAGUGGCCUAUAUUAUGAGUACCACCAAUCUUUCAUGGAAAGAGGCACUUAAAGUUGUGAGAGUAGGUCGUUCCAUUGCCAAUCCAAACGUCGGUUUUCAGCAACAGCUAAAAGAUUUCGAAUCUAGCCGAUUGCACGAGGAACGACGUAGACUGAAAGAACGAUUUCCGAGCUUGGCUUUGGCCGAGUCCGAUGCAGAAGUGUGUCGCACUACUUUGAGAAAUUACGAAACCAUGGCAUUGGCACGGGAAGUGUGCGAAGGAAAAUGUGCCAUGGGCCGUCCUUGUCCGACUGGACUCUGUAGGCAACCAUCCAAAAGAAGCCCAAGAAGAAAGCCAUCCACGGGUAGUACUAGCAGCUUAACUACUGGUCGAACUCCACCACAAACACCGAGAAUGUUACCGUCUGCGCCACCCUCGCCGGCUAUGCACAGGUCAUCGAGUGUGCUUUCUACUGCGAGACCAAGAAGUGGUCCUGCUGGUUUACAUUAUUACACCGGGGGAUCUGCUCCUCCAUCCAGAGCGGUAUCGAGGGUGGACCUGUCCGCAGCAGUAGCCUGCAGCAGUAGCAGCACGAGUCUUUCAUCCAUGGGUAGAUCCGGCAUGUCCGGAAGUAACUGGCGUCUAACAGCCGGAUCCGCUCCGAACACACCAAGGCCAACACCGCCAGUUUCUCCACAACGUUGGCCAAGGAGAGCUUCCAGACAAACACCUCAGCUACCGAUCUCUCCAGAAACUCCUUCGACGACGACGUAGCAUCUGCGGAACUUCCGUUCGUUCUCCGCUCUGCCCGAAUAAUUUCGAACGAACGACGCGAAAAGAAACUUUGGCGAAUUGUAACUUUCCAAAGACACUCGCAAGAAUAAACUGUUGCAAAUUUCGCGAACGUUUGACAAGACUAAAGCACAACGGUGGUUUCUGCUUUUACGGGUCGAUAGUUAUAUUUGUUAACGAUGUAAAAUGAGAGGUUGUUGCAAUAAUGCGUUUGCAAAUUAUGAGAUGUCACGCGAGGAACUGCACAAGGCACAUUUUCUUUUUCGCUUGGAAACGAGAUCGAAUUUUAACGAAUGCUUGAGUAUUAUAAGAAUUGAUAAGUUUUUGGACGCUAAAGGGAAUUUUGGAGAUUGGUACCACGCGUAUAAUUUUAAUGUGCGCUACAAUCAUCGACAAUCUUACGUAUGGUUCUAGGAUUCUCGUUAAUUAACGCGUUGGGUGUUUUCUGCUCAGACCGUGGGGACUAUGUUAUUGCUUACGUGGGAAUCUUUGUGAGAUUGCGAAAAUAAUUGGAAUUAGAUACCACAGAGAAAGUAUGUUUCAAAAUAUGAUUUAUUAGAGUGACUUGCAAAUUUCUAAUCCCAACUUUUACAUCUGCAAAUAGUUAACAAUUGAAGUCGUCAAAUUUCUAAAUUUUAAAAAAUAUCAAGACAAGGUAGACAAGUUAUGUCUAUCACAUAGAUAUUAUUACUCAAUUUAGGGAACCUUCUCAGACAAAAAUUGUAGUUACACCAAUGACCAACUCUAGAAACACCUUCUAACAAUAUUUAAUUAGUCCAACACUUGUUCAUAUAAUGAAAUCAAAUUUCUGCCAAUACAUCAGGGUCUGAGUAGAAAAUUACCACGUGGCACCCAACGGUCCUUUUUUUAUAAAAGAAUCUGUAUCAUGAAAGUUGUUAUUUACGACAAAGCUGCGAAAUAACUGUCCAAAGUCCAAACGAAUCUCUUCGUUUACUUGCGUCAAAUUCAACUCGUAGAUUCAUUUCCCAACGGUAUAAUAUUAGCUGAAACCGUAGUUCGUCGUUAGAGAACGUUUCUCGUGUUCAUUUAUUAAACGUUCAGAAUUCGUAGCUAAUCAUGCAAGUUUUUAGUGUAACUUUUGACGAACUGCUUGUUGGUUUUCUUUUUCAAAUCGAAGCUUGUUGGCGAUAUUUGCAUUCAGAAAUGCUAAUUUAGACCAUUCGAAGUACGUCGUUAAUAUUAGAUUAUUAAAUAUUUAAGAAUGAAAUUAUUGGAAAGCGAGAAGAUGAAGAGUUGUUCCCUCGAGUCGUUCCAUUAAGUUUGUUCGCAACCGUCCAUUGCAGUUGUUGGAUUUUGUAGCGAAACCACGCUGUUUAGCGCAAGUUGUUAAUCCAGAAGAAAGCAUAUUAUGCGAAAACAUAUUUAAAAUGUGUCGAUGAGCGCGUUUCGUGCAUACGCAUAGAAAAAUUUUAAGAAAGAAGGGAAUUUUAGAAAAAUCUGUUUAGAGACAAAUUUUAGAAAUCUGUUAUGUGCUCUGUUUUAAGUGUCCCAUAACUGUUAAUUAACCCUUUGCACUCGAGAGGUCACCAUUUUAUUUCAAACAAUAAUUUGAAAUUAGCAUUUUUUGAUUCUAUAAUAUGACACGUGUGAUGUAUAAAUAUAGUGAAACAAACAAUAGUGGAAAUUAUUGGUAGAGGAAUAAUAACCUCAAAAGAGUUCAUUUAACUUUUUAAAUAAGUUGCUGUUUGCAAAACAGUGAAAUUACCUUCGAAUGCAAAGGGGUAAUAAAAAUUGAACACUGUGUUAACUUAAUUGAAUAAUAGUUUAAUUAAAUGUAGGGUAAUUGAUACAAUCGAUUGUCAUCGUCAGAAAAAGUGUGAUAUUAACUGUUAAAGUUAUCGUGUUUUAAACAAAAAAAAAAAUAGUAGGAAUUAAAAAAGGAAGUGCGUGUGCAUGAAAUAACGCUGAGCAUCGCGCACUUGUAUGCGUAUACACUUUGUAGGCAUACGUUGUUGCAAAUGGAUUUCAGAAGAUUUUAUAAAUUGUUGGCUAUGGUGAUUAUUAUGCGACUAUGUCGUAGAUUAGAUAGACACGUUGUUAUUCUUUCGUGCACCGAAGUAUGUACGAUUCACACACGAUGAGUGAGAAAAGAAAGAAUCUACGUGCGAAUCUUGAACCUCAUUCCUCUUAUCAUCGGACCGUAUUAUCCUCGAUUCACACGAUAGAAAUAUUUAUUUUUCUAGAAUCACGCGAUUAUAUCAUAGGUUAAAGAACUAGUAAGUAGAGAAGAAAAUGCGCAGUUAAGGGUAUUAAAAAAAUGAGAAAAGUAAAAAAAAGCAUUUCAUUCAACUUUCUAGCGUUAUUCAAUCCUGAAGGAUUUUAACAACACAUUGUUAAAGUCUUCGUGUUAGCUGUACUCGUUUGAACUUGAACGAGAAUGUAAUCGAAAUGGUUGAUUACUGGCGUCGUGUUUAUUCGUUGUUGUCUUUUUAAACGUUCAAUAGUCCCUCGAUUUACGAGGGUUAGGGUGAUAAUCGAGCAAUAACGUGGAUGUUGAGAAUUCGAAGAUCCAGUAAUCCAAAUCGUUUCGAUUGAUCUCUCGUUUCUGGUUGUAAAUUCAAAGGAGUACAACUAUGAUGUUAAAAAUUCACAAAGUAUUUUUUAUAAACUUAUUGUUUUCAAAGGUUUGCUGGAUACUGACAUAUCGCUGUUAUAUUAAUUAAAUAUAUAUAUACACCGAUACACACAACGCUUGACCAUUUAAAUACGAGAAUAUAUAUACGUACAUAUAUAUUUGUAGAGAAAGAAAGGGAGAGAAAGUGAGAGAGAAAGUGAGAAAAAUUCUUAAGUCACAAAUUGUAUUAUGUUCUUUCAUCUUAGAAACGAUAUUUUAAGUACAAUUUCGAUGGGAAAGAUAUUCAACAUUUCAUAUUUCUUAUUCGACGCUUAUGCUACGUGAGUUUAGGUUCUGAUUGUGAAAAUAAAAGAAGGAAAGAUCAGCAGAACGUUUUUUGAAAACGAUGUUUCAAUUUACGCUUAGGGUAACUUUCGAAAACAGUUUAAGUCGCUGUUUAAAACAUUCAAAAAGAACGGGAUCAAAUUGAAAAUGAUACAGUGGACCCGAUUUUUGUUAACAAGUAUGUAAAAAAAUAUGUGGUACAAAAAUAAUAAUUCAGCUUGCAAAAUUUUACUGCAGACUUUUCAUGGAAGAAAAUUCGGUUUAUAAUUUUAGAAUAUUUUAAAGCGACUUGCGCAAGCUUUCAAAGUUAUCUUCCUUUGUUUUCUACACAAAAUGUUCCUUAUUAUUCAUUUUAAACGCGUUUGCAGUUAUUUUAUAUUGAAUGAAAUUUCCGAUCAACCAUAAAAUAAUUAAGCAAUAAAAUAAGUAAUGUACAUUUGUAACUUCGGAAUUUAUUAUUUAUCUGUAUGAGUCUCUUUGCAUACAUGUUCUUCUUGCAACGUUUGUAGCAGUGUACCAAAACUUAUAAAACAAUUUUUCAGUUUAAUUAACUCGUCCCGUUUCUCAUCCUGUUAAAAUUUGUACGAAACAUAAUUUGAGGCAUACAAAGAAGAUAUAAAUGACAAUAGUUUAUUGUAAAAUAAUUUAAAAGUUGAAAUUUGAAGCGUUUGUUCUUUCACGAAUUAAAAAAUUUAAAUUUUCGCGCGCUGUACUCGAAACGGUGUUGCUGACGUCAUCUAACGACCAGACGCGGAACUACACGAAUAUAAAAUCACGUUUCUUCUCGAAAUAUAACAUUUUUAUGGUUUAGCAAUAAUUGCAAAUUAUUCUACGUGCACGAUAAAGUCAAAAGAAUACCUUCACGCUGGGUUUAAAGCUUUGUAUUCGAAAAUUCAAAAAAUUGCAUUUUAUGGACUUUAAAAUGCUUAGCCAUCUAGCGGUGGAAGGUGCGAACUAAUGGAACUAAAUUACAAGUUCAAUUUAUGUAUGUAUUUACUUUUCGAACCUGUUAACAUUUGCAAAAUGUCUUAAUACUAACUCUUGUUAAUUUCUGAAGCAAUUUAUCGCAUAUUAUUGCCAAUUAACCUGACAAAAAUAACUCACGAAAAAAAAGCGAUUCUUUGUCUCUCUAGUUUUGCACCUGUCCGCUGGAAGACGUCAGCGGUAAUGUCUUCAGGACAGCACGCGCGAAAAUUUAAAUUUG